AAUUGGAAAAUUUCUAGUUAUUAGAAAUUGAAUGUAAUGGCUGCAGAAUUUAUAAAGAGUUGUUGUAGAGGAUGUUUCCAUGGUGAAACGGAAAACCACAAGUUUUCUGUGGAAAGAGACUUUGAUGCACCAGUCUCAAACAGCCAAAAUACCAUCUGUAUACCUCCAUUGACUUCUGUUUCAGUUAAGCCCCAAGUUGGCUGUAGUGAGGAUUAUUUGCUUUCCAAGUUACCAUGUGAUGGUAAAGAAGUGCCAUUUGUGGUGCCCAGGUUUAAGUUGUCUUACAUUCAGCCCAGGACACAAGGAACUCCUUCACAUCUGGAUGAGCUGGAAGGAUCUGCCAGAGCAUCUUUUGGAGAUCAAAAGGCAGAGCUCUGCAGUUCAUUCUACCCUGGGCCCAGCUAUGAUGUAUAUAACCCAUGCUAUAUGCAUCAAAACUUUUCACCUGAUUUAAGUCGGCGCUUUCCUCUUCAUUUUGAAACAAAAAAAUUAUACGGAUCUGUUUGUGAUUUAAGGACCAGUAAACUUCCUGGUUCGCCUGGGCUAAGCAAAUCUAUGCUUGAUCUUACAACUUCACCUCAGCGAUUCAUCCAGAGACAUGACUCAUUGUCCAGUGUACCUAGUAGUUCUUCUUCAAGGAAAAACUCUCAGGGUAGUAACAGAAGCCUGGAUACAAUUACCCUAUCAGGAGAUGAAAGAGACUUGGGGAGAUUGAAUGUGAAAUUGUGUUAUAAUUCUUCAGCAGAGCAGAUCUGGAUCACAGUUUUGCAGUGCAGAGAUGUAAAUUGGCCUUCUAGUUAUGGAGACACUCCUACAAUUUCUAUAAAAGGAAUUUUAACAUUGUCCAAACCAGUGCAUUUUAAAUCUUCAGCCAAAGAAGGUUCCAAUGUUAUUGAAUUUAUGGAGACUUUUGUAUUUGCUAUUAAACUACAAAAUCUACAAGCUGUGAGGCUUGUAUUUAAGAUUCAAACCCAGACUCCCAGGAAGAAAACCAUUGGAGAAUGUUCUCUAUCACUCAGAACUCUUAGUACAGAAGAAAUGGAUUACUCAUUGGAAAUAAUACCACCUUCAAAAAUUUCUGUUUGCCGAGCAGAACUUGAACUGGGGAUUUGUUUUCAAGCAGUAAAUAGCAGGAUUCAACUGCAAAUUCUUGAGGCACAAUACCUUCCAAGCUCAUCAGCACCUCUGGCUUUGAGUUUUUUUGUGAAGGUGGGGAUGUUUAGCUCAGGAGAGCUGAUUUAUAAGAAGAAGACACGCUUACUGAAGGCUUCCAGUGGAAGAGUCAAGUGGGGAGAAACUAUGAUUUUUCCACUUACACAGACUGAAAAAGAAAUUGUUUUUCUCAUUAAACUUUAUAGUCGAAGCUCUGUAAGAAGAAGACAUUUUGUAGGCCAGCUCUGGAUAAGUGAAGACAGCAAUAAUAUUGAAGCAGUGAACCAAUGGAAAGAGACAAUUACAAAUCCCGAAAAGCUUGUUAUCAAGUGGCACAAGUUAAAUCCAUCUUGACGACGCCAGGCAUCAAUUUCAUGAAGAAACAACUUGGCAAUCUUUUAGAAAAAACAUGAUUUCUAAAAUUGUAAUGAGUUCUACCAGAUAUACUAAGUGAAUGAAAUGUUUUAAAAUGGUGCCAAAACAGAUGAUAAAAU